UUUCAGCUUUCAAACAAAUAAAAAGAAAAACACAACAAUUCUUCAUCGAUUUGCGAAGAAAAACUGCUGAUCGAAAUUAGUAUUUAUACUAAACAAGCGUCUGGAAAGUUUGUAUAUGACGAAGGACCACUGAAAGCAAGAGAAAAUAGAGAAAUCCAAGAAAUAUUGUGACGCGUUGUGGAGACCCAGGACGUUAGGGGAAAGAAGACGAGAAGAAGCAGCGAGGAGCCAUGGUUCAAACACUGAGAAGACCGUGGCAAGAAGCGGCAAGCAGUGCUUUUGCCGUCGCCAGUGCUCUUCCGGUGACUAUGAAUAGUACACAAAUUGCUGAGCUCUUCGAACAGGUUGAGCAUGGCACCACAGAACUCAGAUGUGCACUCACCGCAGAAAUAUCAGCUCUCAGAAACGCUAAUGGAGAAUCACUUCUCACAGUUGCCGUUCGAUCAGGAAACACAGCAGUUGCCAAACAAUUAGCACAAUUGGAUCCAGACGCAAUUGAUGAAACUGACAAUGAAGGUUGGAGUGCUCUUCUGAAUGCAGCUCACUGUGGUCAUGUUGACAUUGUUCGAUUAUUAAUUGAUAAUGGAGCAUCUGUUGAUCAACCUGAUUUAAUGGGAUGGAGUCCUCUUAUGUGGGCAGUUUAUAAAAAUCAUUUAGAUGUGGUUGAUCUACUUGUUAACGCAAAAGCUCAUGUAAAUCUUAUUGACGAAGAAGACGGACUCACACCGUUAAUUGUAGCUUCUGGACGUGGAUUUUCACAAAUUGUAGAGCGAUUAAUUGAUUCAGAUUGUCAGGUAAAUGCCUGUGACAAAUUCGGAAGUACUGCAUUAAUUUGGGCAGCUCGAAAAGGACAUCUUCCUGUUGUACAACUACUUUUAAAUUCUGGAGCUGAGGUGGAUGCAGUUGGAAUGUACUCAUCCACAGCUUUAAUGUUGGCAACACGUGGAAACUUUAUUCAAGUAGUUGAGCUUCUUCUGACACGAGAACCAAAUGUUAAUGUAGCUGAUCAAAAUGGUUUGACAGCUCUCGGAAUGGCAGCUCGUGAUGGAUAUGCUGAUAUAUGUGAAUCUCUUAUUAAUUCGGGUGCUUUUGUGAAUCAGUGUGAUAGAUUUGGAAACUGGAUUCUUACGUCAGCAGUUCGAAGUGGAAAUGCGGCAAUUGUUAGAAUGAUUCUCGACAAAUUUGCUGAUAUCAAUUGUCAAGACUCUGAAAAACGGACACCACUUCAUCUGGCCAUCGAUAAAUCAUUCAAUGAUAUCGCCUACAUUUUAUUGGAGAAAAAACCGAAUUUGGAACUGAAAAAUAAGGACGGUGAAACUCCACUUCUUCGUGCUGCUAAAUGUCGUCAUGUACAUCUGUGUACCUACUUGAUGAGUUUCGGAGCUAAACUCGCUGCAGUUGAUAAUUGUGGAGAUAAUGCACUUCAUUUGGCACUGAGAGCACGUAGUCGACGAUUAACACAGGCACUUUUGUCCAAUCCAUCAGAUUCUCGGUUACUGUACCGACCCAAUAAGCUUGGUCAGACACCGUAUUCCAUUGACUUAUCAAAUCCUCAACCUAUUCUGCCACUAAUUUUUGGACCAAUUGAUGCGGAAGAUAAAAUGGAUACAGCUAUGGGAUAUGAUGUAUAUUCUAAUGUUUUAGCUGAUAUUGUGUGUGAACCUUCUCUUUCUCUUCCACUUACAAUUGGACUUUACGCCAAAUGGGGAUCCGGAAAAUCAGCACUUCUCGCAAAAUUGAAAGAGGCAAUGCACAGUUUCUCAAGGGAUUGGCUUGAUGGAGUUUCGCUUUCAGUUUCGUUUGCCUUAUUCUUUGCCAUAUUCCUCUUUUUUGGAAUGUUCUCACUAACUUUUACAAUGCUCAUUGCCAUUUCUAACUCAGUCACAGCAUAUCUCAUCUCAUGGUCCGUCUUUCUUCUCAUUUUCAUCAUAUUCUGUUCACUGAUUGUUGUGGUUUAUUAUGGGGAUCGCAAGAACUGGUAUACUUCAAUGGAUAUAGCCAAUUUUUUUGCACGGGUGUUCAGUCGGAUCCGAUUGGUUUACAACAUUUUAACACUUCAUGCACCGAUGAACAGUGAAGAUAGUGCAAGUAUGCCUGUUAGUUUUCUCUUUGCCGACUACCACCGUCUUUCUUCUAUUGGAGGCGAGCAAGCUCUUGCUAAAAUCGUGGCGACAUUGUUCGAGGCAGCUGAAACUCAUUUUGGAGUGCUUCCAGUUCGACUUUUCUGUUGCAUGAAACCACCAUACCAAUACAUUGACACUGGUUUCGGAUUCACUUCUCCAUUUUCACGUACUACUUAUCGUAGUUUACAGCAACCAAAUGCGCACCAACAAGCUGGAAUUCAUGGAUCUUUACGUCGUCACUGCGGUGUUCCCCAUGUUAUUCUUCUGAUCGUUGCCGUCUUUCUACUAAUCAUGGCUCAAGUUUUUGGAACAGUUUGGCUACUUUCUGAUCGAGAUCCGAAUAACUUCAAUCUAUUCAUAGCAAUUGCAUUCCUUUGUGGAUUUGUAAUGAUUGCCAUCUAUCCAUUAGCAUUAAUUAUAAUGUAUUCAUGGACAAAUGUACCAAGACGAAGAGUCAAUGCAGCUGCUCGGAAUGCUCAUAAAUUACGAUUUGAAGGUCUAAUGCAAAAGUUACAGACCGAGGUUGAUCUUCUUGCUGAUAUGAUCCGAUCACUCGAUGCUUUCACUAGAAGUCACACACGUCUCGUUGUGGUGGUCGAUGGGCUCGAUAAUUGUGAGCAGGAACGAAUGGUUCAGACUCUUGAUGCUCUUGAGCUAUUAUUCUCGGCCCGCAAGCAUCGCCCCUUCAUCACAAUUAUUGCUGUGGAUCCACAUGUAAUAGUAUCUGCAAUCAAUCAUAAUAUGCAUUCAGCACUGUCUGGCACUGAACUCACUGGACACGACUAUCUGAAAAACAUCAUCAGUAUGCCGUUCUAUCUUCAUAAUUCUGCUCUUCGUCAGCUACAAUCUAAACUUCGUGAAAAACGAGAAUCGAUGGCAGAAUGGAAAGAAAGGUUCAAACGUCAAGACACAUUCUAUGGAUCACAUCUUUCAUUGAGAGAAGCUGAUGGAAGAACAAGCAGAAAGAAGUCCACUGUUCCAAACAUGAACUCGAAUAGUGUGGUUGGUCGGAAUAUGAAUGACGGAAUUCUUGGCGAAGACUACUUUUCCAAUAUGAAUCCUCGUGCCAUGCGUCGUAUUGUCAAUGCUUUAACUCUAACUGGACGUCUCAUGAGAGCUUUUGAAAUUGACUUUUCAUGGAUGUCACUCGGACAUUGGGUAUCUCUUCUCGAACAAUGGCCUUCACGAAUGUGUUGGCUUAUUGAUAGAGCUCUUGAAGUUCACAACAAUCAGCUUCUUCUAUCUGAAGUAUACUAUCAACUCAAGGAUCACAUUCCAGCUCAGGAUGAUUUGAUGCAGCUCGACAGAAAUUUGGAGAAUUUUGAAGGUUUCCUAGAUUCUAAAGGAAUCCCAUCAGCAGAGAGACUUACUGUUGGACAUGUCAAGAAAUUUGUCCCCUGUACCAGCAGUUUGGAUCCUUAUUUGAGAAAGUUGAUUCGCGAGAGAAGUAAAGGAUUAGUGGAUAUUGAAGCACAAGUUGGAAGUGCAGGAAUGGCUAUUCCACCGAAUGCGAGACUUUUGUUUAGUGAUGAUUUAACAUGGAUGUCGAUUGAUACUCCACUUGUCGAAAUGAAGCUUGAUGCAGUUGUCAACCUGAUCCGUAAAAUAGACAUUCCAUCAAAUCGCCUCGAUUCAAUUCUCGAUAGAUUCUAUCAAUUAAACUUAUGUGGAUUGGUUCUUGCCACGUGUCCAUUGCCAGAACUGAAGGAUAGUAUGCAAUUACCACUUGGUGAUUGGACUUUGAUUCGUUUGCUUCUUGAAACUCUUAAAGUAUUUGGCUCCUCUCCACCAGGACUCCGAGUGGAUAAACGAAAAGCACUGACACUCCGCGAAGAGGAUGAGGAAGAGGAAAUUGAAGAGGCAGCAGAAGCUGCUUUGAACUCUGAAAAAGAGCGUGCUCCACUUCUUGGAUCUGUGAGAGCUGAACAGAGAAGACGGUCCACAAUUGUUCAGAAUGCCACUGAGCUGAGCAUUGAUCACAAAUGUCUUAUGGAGAAGUUAUCGGGAAUGGAUUUGACUGAAACCGAAGGUGAUGUCAAUGAAAUGCAUUUCUCUCAUUUUUCGUCGUCAACUGAUGGACCAUCUCCAAUGGCUGAUGGAUUCCUUCCAGCUUCAGUUUCUGCUGCUCCAUCAGUCAGAUUCGACGAUAAUAUUAAUGAUCUGGAACGUGAAGCUUCUGACGCUGACAGUACACAAUCCCGAUACGAUUCGAAAGAAAAUCUUCUUGAAGAUGAAAGAAGUGCUUCUCCACCGGCACAUGUUGAUUUAAUGAGAUUUGACAGUGGAAAUACAAGCAGUGAUUUCGUACGGUCCAGUUACCGUACCUCAUCGAGAUAUCGUAGAAUGAGCCGAGGAGACUUGAUGCGAGGAAUGCACCAGAAUGACACAAUCCGAAGCAGUAUGGAUCAAAGUGGAACCGGAGCAGCGCCGAGCUCAUCGAGUUUGAUGGCAUCAGAUGAAGAUUUGAACCAGCAAACUGUACAACGACGUGGUGGAGACGACUUUGAGCGUAUCCAACUUGAACAACUAUUCAAUCGACAAUCCGAUGCUUAAACUAUUUCUCUGUAUACUUAGUAUUAAUAAUUCGUUUAAAUAUCCUAUCAUCUUAAAAUACUUCCCAUCUGUACGAAUUCUGUGAUAAUUUCAAUAUUGCCCUAAAUUAGGGAGCUUAAAUUUUUUCUUUUCUUUCAAGUUUCCUUCCUUCUCAUCAGCUUCAAACCGUUUCACUUUCCCCCAGUUUCUGCACGAGUGUUUCAUUCAAUUUUCAGUUGUUUUCAUUUUUAGCUUUAUCAUGUUGUUUUUUUUUUGGAUAGGUUCUGUGUUCCUGUCCGUGUGCCUUAAUCUAAGUCAAUAAUCUUCCCCUCAUUGAUCAAAUUCGAAACAUGACCCUUUUUAUUAGGUUUUUUUUCUCCGGUUUCACUUUCAAUCAUAGCAAUAAAAGUUAUAUAGCCUUUA